UAGUUCCCCCCCCCCCCGCCGAGAGAGCGAAGAUGUCCGAGGUGCGGCUUCCUCCCGUUCGGGCGCUGGAUGAUUUUCUUCUGGGCUCCACUCGCUUGGCUGCCCCCGACGUGCGGGACCUGCAGCGCUGGCACAACCGCUUGAUUAACAAUCUGCUGUACUACCAGAGCAAUUAUCUGCUGCUGCUGGGCGCGGGGCUGCUGCUGGGCGGGUACUUCCAACCCAUGCUGAUUCUGCUAAGCUGCAUACUCAUCAGUCUGCUGUUUGGAGGCUUCAUCUGGGCAGCUGAGAGCAAAGCUCCCAUGCGGCGCUUUCGGCGGAGUUACCCUGGCACAUGUUUCUUUGCCAUCCUCGGUACCGCAUACUUCCUGGUGUCACUUUUUGAAGGCUCUGCCACCUUCUUGAUUUUCAUCGCCCUGCCCAUAAUGUUGAGCCUCAUCCAUGCCUCCCUGCGUCUGCGGAACCUUAAAAACAAGAUUGAGAACAAAAUUGAGAACAUUGGACUCAAGCGCACACCCAUGGGGCUGCUCCUGGAAGCGGUUGGGCAAGAGCAAGAAGCUGGAUCCUAGACCAUCAGCAUUGGCUGCCCGUCCCUCUGGAACUACCCUCUUUCCUUCCAACAGAUGCCUGUGUGCUUAUCUUUCUGCUUGCCCGUCUGGCAACCUGGCUGUGAGUUUCUGUGGAAGAUACAGUAGCCUCCAACUUACAGCAAACUUACCAGCAGAAUUCCCUGCCACCGGGUAACAGCAACAUCAAAAGGGAGAGGAAAUCAGCCCAACAUUCCAGUUUAACAUUAAGUAUUCCCCAUUGGAAUCCAUACCUGUUUUGCUUUAGAAAGGAAGGAAUAACAAUGAAAGAAAGCUGUAGUUUAAAAAAAAACCUCAUAGUAAAAUUCUGGCCUAGAAUGCAUGGUUGCUGGUUGAGAGAAGAACAAGAAUUGAGACCAGAAGCAAA